AUGCAAUCGAUAACAAAUAGUGCAUUAUUAAAUCCAGUAAACUACUCAAUAAAUAUUGGAAUAUUAUCACUGUGUGUUUUGGGUUUAGGAUAUUUUGCAUUAUGUACAUUAGCAAUAAUUCAAGCAAUUUCAACAAUCCAAUGGAAUACAAUAACUCUAUUUGCAACAAGUGGUACUAAAACUCGUCCAUAUUUUCUUAAUAUAUUUUCAGCUGCACUUUUAUUGAGAUUUAUUUUUAUUAUAUUACAAUGUAUCUUAUAUUUUACACCUUCAAUAAAUUCAAAUCAUCUAUCAAUUAAAAUAUCAUUACUAAAUUUUUUUAAUUAUCUAACUAGUGCACUAUUUCUUUCAUCAUAUUCAGUAAUAAUUGGACUAUGGAGUUCUGUAUAUAUUCGUUCAAGAUAUACAACAAAUAUUCCAAUAUUAACAUUAAUUAUACUAAUAAAUAUAAUAAUCUAUAUUUUAUUAUCUAUAUUACUUUUAAUUGAAUAUACAAAUAAUUCAAUUAGUUACUAUAGAAAUAAUUCAAAUUUUUUUUUUGGAAUAUUAUAUAUUAUUGUUUCUAUACUUUGGUUAUAUUAUGGAUUGUGUUUAAUUAAUCAAUUAGAUAAACGGCAAGAUUUACAUAUAAACUUGCAAAAAAACUUAUUAUCAAAAUCAUACAGAGAGGAAUUAUUUACUCCAAGUUACAUAAUUGAUAAAUAUUCUAAUAAUAAUAGUUCUAAUAAUUUUUCAAGUCAAAAUUCAUCAAGUUUAAUAAAAUUUACAGGAGUUGAUAAAAUGACUUAUUCAAAUACUCUUAUUGAUGGAUGUGUAUAUGUAUCAAGUACAAUGAAGGAUUUAAAAAAAAAAAUUAAACUUUUAACAUAUAUUUGUCCAUUAUGUUUUUUUAUAAUUGGAUUAUAUUAUAUACUUGGUAAUUUUAAUAUUAUUAAUAGUAUUCCUUUUUUUAUUUCAGAACCAGUAUGGUAUACUAUUUUAUAUGGUUUUACUGAAUUAUUACCUUGUUGUAUUAUAAUGCAUGGAUUUUGGAAUCGUAAAAGUAUAUUUACAACAACGUUAAAUAAUAAUAAUCAAAGACAAUUAUUUAGUAGUGAUAAACAAUCAGCAACUUACAAUUAUAUGAAUAUAUAUAAUGAGGAUAUUGGAUUUUAUACACAAAUUGAAUAG